AAUUGGAUUAAAAUAGUUUAUUGGAUUCUGUGUAAGAAAAAAACUAUGGCCGAAGUUACGAAGAACGGCCUUUGUUCACCCACUUCACACAUUCACAGAUAAUUAAAACGCAAGAUUAUGCAUGUAAAAUCCAACCACUACAUACUACAAAUAUUAAAACUUGAUGCAUGUAAAUAAAAACCUAAAAUCCCAGCUCAGAAUUGUUAAAAUUUGCUUGCUCCCCACUCCACCCAAAAGAAAACCUCCUCAAUAUCAAACUCAUUCACAUAGUCUAAAGUAGCGUCCGCCCCUACAGUGCUAUUCCACUUGUACAGUCAAAAUAUUUAAAUAAAUAAAAAAUUUUAUAGGCAUGUAGUUGCAGAGCAGAGAUGCAAGGAUUUUCUAAGUGACUUUAUUAGACAGUAACAUUAGGCUUCUAAUACUAGAAAGAAAUCAAUAAAGCAGAAAGGCAUGGGUAAGCAAGGCCCAAUUUUCCAGUCCUUCGACAACUAGGGUUUAGCAAUCAUCUUCACAUUCACCAUACACAGAGGUUCCUCCGCACCCGUGAGAGACAAAGCUUCCCAUCUUAUACUAUUGCCCUGUCUCUCUUCUCUUCCUUUGCUCUCUCCGUGAAAUUACUCAUGGCAACCCUUUCGUACAAUUCUCUAUCUGUAUUUUUAUCUGUAAAUUUGAAUGCGUUUGUUUUUCUUCUUUCUGAAAAUUUGGUUUUGUUUUGUUGAUUGUACAGCGGUGGCAAGAUCCUUUCUUCAGGUGGCAGCGACAGAAGAGGUUGCUUCCCCCCUCAGAGUUGCUCAGAUCGAAGGAUUGCCACAUGCCAGCAUCUUAUACUACUCUCAGAGAACAUCUCAAGGGGGUCUUCUCAUAGCUGAAGCCACUCUUGUUUCUGACGCAGAUCAAGGGUGGGUGAAUAAUCCUGGUUUAUGGACAAGGGAGCAAGUUGAAGCCUGGAAACCGAUUGUUGAUGCUGUCCACGCUAAAGGCGGUGUCUUCUUCUGUCAGAUUUGGCAUCCGGGGAGGGUUUCAAAUAGUGGUUUCCAGCCAAAGGGGCAAGCUCCAAUCUCUUCUACUGAAAAGCCACUAACCUCACAAAUACUAACUAAUGGCGUUGCUGUUGCUGAAUACACACCUCCAAGACGAUUAAGGACAGAUGAGAUUCCACAAAUUGUCAAUGAUUUUAGACUUGCUGCAAGGAAUGCUAUCGAAGCUGGCUUUGACGGGGUUGAAAUUCAUGGGGCGCAUGGCUACCUGAUUGAUCAGUUUAUGAAAGAUCAAGUGAACGAUCGAACAGAUGAAUAUGGUGGAUCGCUGGAGAAUUGUUGCCGGUUUGCUCUGGAAAUCGUUGAAGCUGUUGCUAAUGAGAUAGGAGCAGAUAAAGUUGGAAUUAGAUUAUCUCCAUUUGCAGACUAUAUGGAAUCAGGGGAUUCGAAUCCGAAAGCAUUAGGCCUUUAUAUGGCCAAAUCCUUGAACAAAUACGGGAUCCUGUACUGCCAUGUGGUUGAGCCAAGAAUGAAGACAGUUGGAGACAAAAGUGAAACCCCUUACAGUCUUCUGCCCAUGAGAGAAGAAGCUUUUAAAGGCACCUUCAUUGCUGCUGGUGGUUUUGACAGGGAAGAUGGGAACAAUGCUGUGGCAGAGGGUCGUGCAGAUCUUAUUGCUUAUGGACGUUUGUUCUUGGCUAAUCCAGAUUUGCCCAAGAGAUUUGAGCUUAAUGCUCCUCUAAAUAAGUACAACCGAGAGACAUUCUAUACAUCUGAUCCGGUUAUUGGUUACACUGAUUAUCCAUUUCUUGAAACUACUGCUUAAGUUUCCUGCAGCCCAAGAAAGCUUGAACAUACUUAGAUAUUAAUCUGCUUA